AUGCGUACUGAUUCUAAUCAUGAAGUUGGUAAAUUAAUAAAUUAUUUCGAAAAUUUCAUUAAUGAUUUAAAUAAAGAUUUAACACAUAAUUCAAAAAUAAAUCAUCAUCAUCAUCAUCAACAACAACAACAAAUGCGUACAACUAGUCAAAAUACAUCUAAUUUAUCAAUAUCAUUUACAGAUGUUUUUCAACCAAUAUCUAAUAUAUUACCAACAAUUAUGGAUGAAGAAGAUAUAAAUCAAACAAUACGUGAUCGAACAGUUUCAGAAGAUAUUUAUGAUCGUCUUACAUAUCAAACAUUACUUAAUACAAAUUCAUGUUCAAGUCAUGAACAAUUAACACAAUCAUCAAUAAAAAGUACAAAACGACGACAUCAUUUUAAUAAUCCUACAAAUAAAAAACGUUUAUAUCGUCGUCGACCACCAAGUUAUAUUAAAGAAUUAAAAGCUUAUUUAGCUCAUCGAGAAUCAUCAUUAAAUGAUAUUGUUAAAAUAUCUGAUGUUAAAAAAUUUAGUAAUGUUCUUGUUUGGUUAUCAAAUCAAACAACAUCACCAUCUUUAAUUGAAACAUCAACACCAAUAUCUUUAAUAAAAACAGAUAAUACAGAUAAUAAUAAUCAUAAUAACACUAAUAAUCAUUUAUCAUCUAUUACCACAGAUUCUGUUAUUGCUAUUACACAAGAUAUUUCACAGUCAUAUUCAGGCGUGAUAUUUGUUUUUUGA